CGGCUCGCAUGCGAGUCACGUCCGCCCCCUCGCCGCGGCCGCCCCGAGACGCCGGCCCCGCCGAGUGAUGAGAACAGACGUCAAACUGCCUUAUGAAUAUUGAUGCGGAGGCUAGGCUGCUUUCGUAGAGAAGCAGAAGGAAGCAAGAUGGCUGCCCUUUAGGAUUUGUUAGAAAGGAGACCCGACUGCCACUGCUGGAUUGCUGCAAGGCUGAGGGACGAGAACGAGGCUGGCCACCAUUCAGCAGCAGACCCUCUCAAGAUUGUCUACUUGCCCUCGCUCCUGUUGAGUUACCACGGGUGGAAGCAGGAGAUGGGCUCCGCAGCAGCCAACAGGCCAUGACCCAGGAGGCGCAGUGAGGGAUAGAGCUGCUGAAUUCAUUCAGAGGGCAGCCUUGUGGAUGGCCCCGAAGCAAGCCUGAUGGAACAGGAUAGAACGAACCAUGUUGAGGGCAACAGACUGAGUCCAUUCCUGAUACCAUCUUCUUCUCCCAUUUGCCAGACAGAACCUCUGGCUAUAAAGCUCCAGAAUGGAAGCCCAUUAACCAAGAGACCUUAUCCAGAAGUAAAUGGAGACACCAAGUGGCAGCCUUUCAAGAGUCAUUAUGGAAUACCCCACAUGAAAGGAAGUCAGAAUAGCCGCGUGAGUCCAGACUUCAUACAAGAAAGUAGAGGGUAUUCCAGAUGUUUGCAAAAUGGAGGGAUAAAGCGCACAGUUAGUGAACCUUCUCUCUCUGGGCUCCAUCAGAACAAGAAACUGAAACAAGACCAAAAGGCCAAUGGAGAAAGCAAGAACUUCGGGGAAAGCCAAGAAAGAAAUCCAGGCAAAGGCAGCAGUCAACCCAAUGUCUCCGAUAUGAGUGAUAAGAGAGAAUCUGUUAGCUCUGCAGCCCAAGGAAAUGAAGUUAAAGAUUUCACUGUUUUUUCAUCACAUAACUGCAGUGGAUCUGAAAAUCCAGAGCUUCAGAUUCUGAACCAACAGGAGGGGAAAAAUGCUAACUACCACGACAAGAACAUUGUAUUACUUCUUAAAAAUAAGGCAGUGCUAAUGCCUAAUGGUGCUACAGUUUCUGCCUCUUCCAUGGAAAACACACAUGGUGAACUCCUGGAAAAGACGCUGUCUCAAUAUUAUCCAGAUUGUGUUUCCAUUGCGGUGCAGAAAACCACAUCUCACAUACAUGCCAUUAACAGUCAGGCUACUAAUGAGUUGUCCUGUGAGAUCACUCACCCAUCGCAUACCUCAGGGCAGAUCAAUUUCCCACAGACCUCGAACUCUGAGCUGCCUCCAGAGCCAGCUGCAGUGGUGACUGAGGCCUGUGGUGCUGAUAGUGCCAGUAUACCAGCUGCAGUGCUAGGGGCCUGUCCCUUUCAGAAACCAGAGCAACGAAAGUCAGUUUUUGAGAUAUGCCCGUCUCCGGCAGAAAACAGUAACAUCCAAGGAACCACAAAGCUAGUAUCUGGUGAAGAAUUCUGUUCAGGUUCCAGCAGCAAUUUGCAGGCUCCUGGUGGCAGCUCUGAACGGUAUUUAAAGCAAAAUGAAAUGAAUGGUGCUUACUUCAAGCAAAGCUCAGUGUUCACUAAGGAUUCCUUUUCUGCCACUACCACACCACCACCAUCACAAUUGCUUCUUUCUCCCCCUCCACCUCUUCCGCAGGUUCCUCAGCUUCCUUCUGAAGGAAAAAGCACUCUGAAUGAUGGAGUUUUGGAAGAACACCAUCACUACCCCAACCAAAGUAACACAACUCUUUUAAGGGAAGUGAAAAUAGAGGGUCACCACGAGGCACCACCAUCCCAGAGUCCAACUCCCUCUACACAAGUAUCCAACCCCUCUCCGAUGCUUCCAGAAAGGCCUCAGAAUUAUUGUGUUAACAAGAAUGACAUACGGACUCCAGGGACAAUGACUCCAUUGUGUUCUGAGAAAACAAGACAACUAUCAGAACGUCUCAAACAUAACCCACCAAUUCUUGGUAGCAGUGGAGAUGCACAGGACCACUGCCAGCAGUUGAUGGGACACAAAGAGCAAGAGAUCUUCAAGAGUCAAGACAAGGAACAGACACGAGACCCUGUGCUCCCAACACAGCCCUAUCUGAAACCAGGAUGGAUUGAAUUGAAGGCCCCUCACUGUCAUCAAGCAGAAUCCCAUCUGAAAUGUAACGAGGCAACCCUGCGGUCAAUUCUUCAGUAUCAGUCCAACCCCUCCCAUCAAAUGACCUCCAAACAAUACACUGGAAAUUCCAACGUGCCUGGGGGGCUCCCAGGGCAAGCUUACACCCAGAAAAUAAUGCAACCGGAGCAGAGACCACCAAGGUACCAAGCUGAGAUGAAUCAAGGGCAGUCUCAAGGUACAGUGGACCAGCAUCUCCAGUUCCAAAAACCCUCACUCCAGGUGCACUUCUCCAAAACGGACCCUUCACCCGAAGCUCACAGACAGUCAGUCUGUGCCCUGAGGUGUCAUUUCCAACAAAGACCAGAUCCCCAAACUGAGAAACUCAUGCCCCCAACAUUGAAACGGCACUUGAAUCAACAGGCUUCCGAGACUGACCCAUUCUCAAACUCACACCUUUCACAACAUAAGCCUCAUAAGCAGGCAGCACAAACACAACCAUCCCAGACUUCACAUCUCUCUCAAAACCAGCAACAGCAGCAAAAACUACAGAUGAAGAAUAAGGAACAGAUGCCCCAGACCUUUUCUCAUCCCCAAGGCAACAGUGAUCAGCAAAGAGAAGGAUCAUUCUUUAGCCAGAUUAAAGGAGAAAAAUGCUUUCGUGGUGAAGAUCAACAUUCAAAAUCAAGUGAGUUCCAGACUCAUAAUCCCCAAGUGGGACUGGAGCAAGUACAGAAUAUGAAUAGUAUAAAUUCCCCCUAUGGUCAGAUCUUGAAGUCAAAUGCAAGCAAAGUGCAGAUUUCUUGUUCAAACAAUAUACACGUAGUUCCAGAAAAUAAAGAACAGACUGUAAAUUCUGAACUCUUUGCAGGAAACAAGAUCCCAAACUCACAUCACAUGCAAUAUUUUCCAAAUAAUGUGACCCCAAAGCAAGAUGUUCUUCACAGGUGCUUUCAAGAACUAGAACAGAAGCCUCAACAAGCUUCAGUUCUACAGGGAUAUAAAAAUAGAAACCAAGAUAUGUCUAGUCAACAAGCUGCACAGCUCGCUCAGCAAAGGUACCUGAUGCAAAACCAAGCAAAUGCGUUCCCUUUGCCCAAUCAGGCAGGAAGUCACAUUCAGACCCUGCCCCAGAAGGACAUCCAAAAGCAUGCUGCUCUAAGGUGGCACCUUUUGCAGAAGCAAGAACAGCAGCAAACACAACAGCUCCAAGCCGAGUCUUGCCAUAGUCAGAUGCAAAGGCCAAUUAAAGUCGAACCGGGAUCCAAGCCCCACGCCUGUAUGCGCCUCAUGUCAGCACAGCCAGAAAACAAAAUGUGGAAAAAGAUACCCAAGCAGGAGAUUCCACCUCCGAGCUGUGAUAACAUGCAGCAGCGGAGCAUCCUUGAGACCAUGGAGCAGCAUCUGAAGCAAUUUCAGGUCAAAUCAUUAUUUGACCAUAAGGCUCUUACUCUAAAAUCACAGAAGCAAGUAAAAGUUGAAAUGUCAGGGCCAGUCACAGUUUUAACUAGACAAACCACUGCUGCAGAACUUGAUAGCCACACCCCAGCUUUAGAGCAGCAAGCAAUGCCUUCCUCAGAAAAGACACCAACCAAAAGAACAGCUGGUUCUGUUCUCAAUAAUUUUUUAGAGUCACCUUCCAAAUUACUAGAUACUCCUAUAAAAAAUUUAUUGGAUACACCUGUCAAGACUCAGUAUGAUUUCCCAUCAUGCAGAUGUGUAGAGCAAAUUAUUGAAAAAGAUGAAGGUCCUUUUUAUACCCAUCUAGGAGCAGGUCCUAAUGUGGCAGCUAUUAGAGAAAUCAUGGAAGAAAGGUUUGGACAGAAGGGUAAAGCUAUUAGGAUUGAAAGAGUCAUCUAUACUGGUAAAGAAGGCAAAAGUUCUCAGGGAUGUCCUAUUGCCAAAUGGGUGGUUCGCAGAAGCUGCAGCGAGGAGAAGCUACUGUGCUUGGUGCGAGAGCGAGCUGGCCACACCUGUGAGGCUGCGGUGAUUGUGAUUCUCAUCCUGGUGUGGGAAGGAAUCCCACUCUCUCUGGCUGACAAACUGUACUCCGAGCUCACCGAGACCCUGAGGAAAUACGGCACGCUCACCAAUCGUCGGUGUGCCCUGAAUGAAGAGAGAACGUGUGCCUGUCAGGGGCUGGACCCAGAGACCUGUGGUGCCUCCUUUUCUUUUGGUUGUUCAUGGAGCAUGUACUACAAUGGAUGUAAGUUUGCCAGGAGCAAGAUCCCAAGAAAAUUUAAGCUGCUUGGGGAUGACCCAAAAGAGGAAGAGAAACUGGAGUCUCAUUUACAAAACCUGUCCACUCUUAUGGCACCAACAUACAAGAAACUUGCACCUGAUGCAUAUAAUAAUCAGAUUGAAUAUGAACACAGAGCACCAGAGUGCCGUCUGGGUCUGAAGGAAGGCCGUCCAUUCUCAGGGGUCACUGCAUGUUUGGACUUCUGUGCUCAUGCCCAUAGAGACUUGCACAACAUGCAGAAUGGCAGCACAUUGGUAUGCACCCUCACUAGAGAAGACAAUCGAGAAAUUGGAGGAAAACCUGAGGAUGAGCAGCUCCACGUUCUGCCUCUCUACAAAGUCUCUGAUGUGGAUGAGUUUGGGAGCGUAGAAGCUCAGGAGGAGAAAAAACGAAAUGGUGCCAUUCAGGUACUGAGUUCUUUUCGACGGAAAGUCAGGAUGUUAGCAGAGCCAGUCAAGACAUGCCGACAAAGGAAACUAGAAGCCAAGAAAGCUGCGGCUGAAAAGCUUUCCUCUUUGGAGAGCAGCACAAAUAAGAAUGAAAAGGAAAAGUCAGCCUCCUCUCGCACCAAACAGAUUGAAAAUGGAAGCCAGGUGAAACAGUUGGCAGAACUUCUGCGACUUUCAGGACCAGUCAUGCAGCAGCCCCAGCCCCAACUGCAGAAUCAGCUUCCACAGCCACUGAAGCAGCCACCCCACCCCUUCACUGAUAGCCCUCAGUCAGAGUCUGUCAGCUCUUACGCUUCUUCUGGAUCUGCCAGUCUAUACACGAGAAGGCCCAAUCCAGUUAGUCCUUAUCCAAGCUCUUCACACACUUCAGAUAUUUAUGGAGGCGCCAACCCUGUGAACCUCUAUUCCACCUCAUCCCAAGCUGCAGGUUCAUAUUUGAAUUCUUCUAAUCCCAUGAGCCCCUACCCUGGGCUUUUGAAUCAGAAUAACCAAUAUCCAUCAUCAUACCAAUGCAAUGGAAACAUAUCAAUGGACAAGUGCUCCCAAUAUCUGGGUUCCUAUUCUCCCCAGUCUCAGCCCAUGGAUCUAUACAGGUAUCCAAACCAAGAUCCUCUGUCUAAGCUAAAUCUACCACCCAUCCAUACGCUUUACCAGCCGAGGUUCGGAAAUAGCCAGAGUUUUACUUCUAAGUACUUAGGUUACGGAAACCAAAAUAUACAAGGAGAUGCCUUCAGCAGUUGUACUCUUAGACCAAAUGUACACCACGUAGGUACAUUUCCUCCUUAUUCCGCUCAUGAGAUGGAUGGCCACUUCAUGGGGGCUGCCUCUCGAUUACCACCCAAUCUGAGCAAUCCAAACACAGACUAUAAAAAUGGUGAGCAUCACCCACCUUCUCACUUAAUCCAUAACUACGGUGCAGCUCCGAGCAUGUUCAACAGCUCUCUUCAUGCCCUGCAUCUCCCAAACAAGGAGAAUGACGUGCUCUCCCACACGGCGAAUGGGUUAUCUAAGACACUUCCAGGUCUUAACCAUGAUGGAGCUGCUUCUGUCCAAGAAGGCUUCCACAAAGUACACGACGCUGGCAGUCAGGAAAAGCAGCCUUGUGCUGCCGAGGACAAUGACGAGGUCUGGUCUGAUAGUGAGCAGAGCUUCCUGGACCCUGACGUUGGGGGAGUGGCUGUGGCUCCGACUCAUGGGUCCAUUCUCAUCGAGUGUGCAAAGCGCGAGCUGCACGCCACCACCCCUUUAAAGAAUCCCAACAGGAAUCACCCCACCAGGAUCUCACUCGUCUUCUACCAGCACAAGAGCAUGAAUGAGCCAAAACAUGGCUUGGCGCUCUGGGAAGCCAAAAUGGCCGAGAAAGCCCGCGAGAAAGAGGAAGAGUGUGAAAAGUAUGGCCCAGACUAUGUGCCUCAGAAAACCCACGGCAAAAAAGUGAAACGGGAGCCCACUGAGCCGCAUGAACCUGCCGAGCCCACGUACCUGCGCUUCAUCAAGUCCCUUGCCGAAAGGACCAUGUCCGUGACCACAGACUCCACAGUAACUACAUCUCCAUACGCCUUCACUAGGGUCACGGGGCCUUACAACAGAUACAUAUGAUGUCGCCCCUUGUGGUUACCUCAUUUGAAAAGACCACAACCAAUCUGUCCAUAGUGUAGUUCGCAUGAUGUGGGCAGUGGGGAAAGGACACAGUAUUCCUGACAAAUGUGGUGAGAGGAACCUCAGCUCACCAGCAAAGAAAGAGGUCAUCUUACCAUAGCACUUAAUUUCCACUGACUCCUAAGUGGUCACAGAUGGAAUCUAGGCAAAAGACCAAAGCAUUCUAUGCAAAAAGAAGGUGGAGAAGAAAGUGUUCCACAAUUUACAUUUUUAAACACUGGUUCUAUUAUUGGAUGAGAUGAUAUUUAAAUGUGAUAUUUUUCCCCCUUUACAGCUCUACACAUCUGUGACCACUUUUAAUAAUACCAAGUUUGCAUAGUCGUGGAACACAAAUCAAACAAGUACUGUAGUAUUACAGGGGCAGGAAUCUUAAAAUACCAUCUGGUGCUGAAUAUACAAUGUACUGAAAUACUGGAAUUAUGGCUUUUUAACAUGCAGUUUUUACUGUAAUCUUAAUAUUAACUUUUAUUUAUCAAAAUAGCUACAGGAACAUAAAUGAAUAGACAGCAAAACACUGAAUUUGUUUGGAUGUUCUAAGAAAUGGUGCUAAGAAAAUGGUGUCUUUAACAGUUGAAAAUUAAUGCCUUUAUAUCAUCAAGAUGCUAUCAGUGUACUGCAAUGCCCUUGAAUAAUGGGGGUACCUUUUCAUUCAAGUUUUUAAUCAUAAUUACCUAUUCUUACACAAGAUUAGUUUUUAAAAUGUGGACAUUUUAAAGGCCUCUGGAUUUUGCUCAUCCAGUGAAGUCCUUGUAGGACAAUAAACAUAUAUAUGUACAUAUAUAUAUACACACAAAUAUGUAUAUGUGCACAAACAUGUAUAUCUAUAAAUAUUUUAAAUGGUGUUUUAGAAGCACUUUGUCUACCUAAGCUUUGACAACUUGAACAAUGCUAAGGUACUGAGACGUUUAAAAGAAAAAGAAGUUUACUUUCAUUUUAGAAUGCAAAGUUGAUUUUUUUAAGGAAACAAAGCUUUUAAAAUAUUUUUGCUUUUAGCCAUGCAUCUGCUGAUGAGCAAUGUGUCCAUUUUUAUUACAGCCAGUUAAAUCCAAAACGGGACUUAUUGGAUUCAAGGGAAUACAUUAGUCCACAAAACACAUGUUUUCUGGUGCUCAUCUCACAUGCUAUACUGUAAAACAGUUUUGUACAAAAUUGUAUGACAAGUUCAUUGCUCAAAUAUGUAGAGUUUUAAGAAUUUUCUGUUAACUGCAGGUAGUGAUUAACCGCAUGCUACAGACUCGACAAAGCUAGUUCACUUAAGCAAUGCUAUUUUAUGGAUCUGUAUGCUCUUCAGCGCUGCCUUUGUGUUGAUAAUUGUAUGUUGUGAUGUUGUCAUUUCUUAGCUUAAGUGUCCUCUUUACCAGGAAGAUUGAGCAGACUGAUGCCUGCAUAAGAUUAAUAAACAGGGUUAGUUCCAUGUGAAUCUAUUAAUUAAAAGAAAAAAAAACAGGCAGCUGGUUUGCUGUGGUGGUUUUAAAUCAUUAAUUUGUAUAAAGAAGUGAAAGAGAUGUAUAGUAAGUAAAUUAAAUUGUAAACAAAACUUUUUUAACGCAAUGCUUUAGUAUUUUAGUACUGUAAAAAGAAAUUAAAUAUAUAUAUAUAUAUAUAUAUGGAUUUGAAGCAGAAUUCACAUCAUGAUGGUGCUACUCAGCCUGCUAUAUAUCAUAAUGUGAGCUAAGAAUUCAUUAAAGGUUUGAGUGAUGUUCCUAUUUGUCAUAUACCUCAACACUAGUUUGGCAAUAGGAUAUUGAACUGAGAGUGAAAGCUUAUAGCAUUGUGUACCAUCAUUUUUUUCCAAGUCUUUUUUUUAUUAAAAAAAAAAGCAUACCUUUUUUCAAUACUUGAUUUCUUAGCAAGUAUAACUUGAACUUCAACCUUUUGUUCUAAAAAUUCAGGGAUAUUUCAGCUCAUGUUCUCCUUAUGCCAACAUGUCACCUGUGUUUAUGUAAAAUUGUUGUAGGUUAAUAAAUAUAUUCUUUUUCAGGGAUUUAACCCUUUUAUUUUGAAUCCCUCCUAUUUUACUUGUAUAUGUCCUGAUGUAACUAAAACUAAUUUUGUAAAUCUGUUGGCUCUUUUUAUUGUAAAGAAAAGCAUUUUAAGAGUUUGGAGAAUCUUUUGACUGUUUCAAGCAGAAAAAAAAAUUACAUGAAAAUAGAAUGCACUGAGCUGAUAAAGGGAAAAUUGUAAGGCAGGAGUUUGGCAAGUGACUGUUGGCUAGAGUCCUUAACUCUCUAAAUAAAGAUGUUUUGAUCCUGUAACCAAUAGAGGCACAGAUCCAUGAGGACUUCUCUACACAAACAAAACACUUAGGGGGAUGGUGUGCAAUCAGCUGUACAAUUAUGUCUUAGUCUGUGUACAUUUUUGCUUACUAACAUUUCAAAUAAAUUCUUAAUCAACAGAGGCCUUUGAGUUUUAUUGGUCAAAUCUUUAUAACUUGGCUUUUGUCUUUUAAAAAAAUGUCUCCAGUUUUUGGCUGUAACCAAUUUACAGGCAUUUCAAGAACAUUUGUUUUGUAUUUGUCAAACUGCAUGAUUUUAAUAUUUCGCGUAUACCGUAUAUCUCACCCCACAUAUUUGAUUACUUCAUGCACAUGUGUUGGUUUUGAGUCAACCAUCCCGAUACGAGUGAAUAAUUUGGUUUCUGUAUCCUCCACUGUCAUUUGUCAAACUGCUGGCCAACAAGAGCAGGAAGUAUAGUUUGGGGGGUGGAGGAGAGGUUAGGUAGGGAGGAAGAGAGGAAAUUGAGUGGCAUAUUGUAAAUAUCAGAUCUAUAAUUGUAAAUAUCAAACCUGCCUCAGAAUGAAUGGAAAGCAGAUCUCCAAUUUGCUUAUAUAGGAAUAUCAGGUUGACUAUAUAGCCAUACUUGAAAAUGCUUCUGAGUGGUGUCAACUUUACUUGAAUGAAUUUUUCAUCUUGAUUGACGCACAGUGGUGUACAGUUCACUUCUAAAGCUAGUGGUUAACUUGUGUAGGAAACUUUUGCAGUUUGACACUAAUAUAAUGAAUCUGUGUGCAUUUUUCUACGCUUUUUUAAAAAACAGUUUCAUUUCAUUUUCAUGAGAUGUUUGGUUGUCUGUAAAAAUCUGAGGAUGGUUAUAAAUACUGUAAGUAUUGUAAUGUUAUGAAUGCAGGUUAUUUGAAAGCGUUUAUUAUUAUAUCAUUCCUGAUAACGCUAUGUGAGUGUUUUUAAUAAAAUUUAUAUUUAUUUAAUGCACUCU